AUGAUUACGAGAAAUCUCUAUCAAAAGAGUUGUAUACUACGAAAUUCUUUUCCAGCUAAGGCAGUUAUUACAAAAGAAAGUCGCGCAUCCUAUUUCUUUUCAGCUACUAGCAAACCAGUCAGUUUUUGUCGGUCGACCACUACUGGGAGAGGAGCUCAUUGUUCUCGAUUACGACUCAAUGUCAUUAGUCUAAAUUUUAAUGGGUCAUAUCGUUGUUCUCUUCGUGACGACUACAACAACCAGAGUUUUAAAGCUAAUAUUCUUUUAAAAAAAAGGCACUUGUUUUCUAGUUGGACAAAGUCAAUACUCUUGAUUUCGUCAACGGCAGCAGUCUUUCCUAUAACAUUAUUUUCAAUCAUCCAAUUAUUGUCGAGUGCUCGUUUGGAGUCUUUUUCUUUUUUUCAAAAUAAUAUUCCCUUUGAAGAACAUUUUGUUAGUUUAGAUAAUUCCGUUAAUGAACAAGAUAGUAAUGUUAGUUUGACACAUUCAUCUACUACAAUAAACAAUAAUAAAGUUAAUUUCAUAAAAAUCUGCGUAAAUAAUGUCGCGUUUAUUUUGUCCAAUUACAUUUUGGAACCAUUCUUGACGACAUGCCGCUUUGCAUACUUGGUAUUGUUGUUUUUGCCAUUGAUUGUGAGCGCACCUGCGUUGUUGAUUGGUAGACGCGUUCCAGAAAGUGAUAAUGAGAGAACAGGGACGCUACUAUGGUAUGAUUUUUUGGUGAAGCAAAUGGAGACGGCGGGUCCAACAUUUAUAAAGUUGGCGCAAUGGGCAGCUUCUCGUACAGAUAUAUUUCCCGAGGAAAUGUGUAACCGAUUGUCGAAGCUUCAUUCUGCAGUUGAUCCGCACCCAUUCACUAAGACAAAAUUGAUAAUUGAGGGAAAUUUCGGGUUACCAUUUGAAAUGAUAUUUGAAGAGUUUGAUCCAAAACCCAUUGGAAUUGGCGCACUCGCUCAGUUGAUCCGACGAGACCUUAAAAUCUUGAUGGUUUUUGCGAAAAUCAUCAACGAAAUCCCAACUAUGCAAUGGCUCUCAUUACCAGAAGAAGUUGCGAAAUUUGGUGAAAUGAUGCAAGAUCACUUGGAUCUACGUAUUGAAGCAAAUAAUUUGAAAAUUUUCCUGAUAAAUUUCAAGGAUCGGGCGUCGGUCAGCUUUCCACGACCUUUUGUCGAAUAUACCACGAAAAAUAUGUUGAUUGAGGAAUAUGAGCCGGGGAUACCGAUAAAGAGGUUCCUUGAACUUGGUGGUGGCGUGUUUGAGCAUACUAUUGCUGACAUUGGAUUAAAAUCCUUCCUUCACAUGCUCAUAUUUGACAACUUUGUUCACGCUGAUCUUCAUCCUGGAAACAUCUUAGUAACUUUUGUAAAGCCAAAGAAAUUGAUGGACUUUUUUCGUCAAUUCUGGAUCAACCUCGUAAACAACAAACCCGUAGAAGAUUUAGACGACUCAAAAAGAGCGGUCCAACUCCUAAAAUCACAUUACAAAAAUAAGGAACAUUGGGAAGAGGAACUAGAUCAUCUUUUUCAAGAAGGAUUUCAACCCGUUAUAAUAUAUCUAGAUACUGGUCUGGUCACAAGUCUCAAUGCAGAAAAUCGCCGUAAUUUUCUGGACCUUUUUCGCGCCGUGGCAGAAUUUGAUGGAUACCGUGCUGGAAAACUAAUGAUUGAACGAUCAAAAAUGGGUCACUUGGUAGUAGACGGCGACGUUUUCGCGCUAAAGAUGCAAAAUUUAGUGCUAAAAGUGAAAUCGAUGACACUUGCAUUAUCCAAAAUACAAAUUUCCGAAAUUUUGACCACGGUUCUGCAUAUGGUACGAAAACACCACGUGAAACUCGAGGGUGAUUUCGUGAAUGUGAUACUUUCUGUGUUGUUGUUAGAAGGAAUUGGACGGCAACUUGAUCCGGAAAUUGAUUUGUUGAAGAGUGCUCUGCCGAUUUUACGACAGUUGGGAGCUCAGGAAGCGAAGCGUGGUGUUAAGGAUGGAAAAAUAAGGGAAAUACCAGUAGAGGAUGGUUCAUGGCUAAUGUUCUGGAUUUGGUUAGAGGCAAGAGAGUGGGUGGGGAAUUUAAGUUGGGAUGAGUUGCAUGAAAUAAUGUUUUAUAAACAUAUUUGGUGGUCCGAUAUGUGA